CUUGCCUCCGAUAACCACUUCCUCUUGUCUCAAUUGGAGCGUGGGUCCUUGCGCUCAACUCAGCGGAAACACCUUCGAUAUCGGUUUCUGUGGUGCCCAUCGCACUACGACCAUCAGAGCUCUAGCCAUGGAGAUGCGUACCCUGUCGCAGUGUCUUCGCUCGGCUGCCCGGCCGACGACGAUACCGACAUCCCUUCUGUACACGAAGCAAUUCGCCAGACAGUCCCUCCCAGCGAUCCGUUACAACUCCUCUUCCUCCUCGUCGUCUUCGUCGUCGUCGUCGUCAUCCUCACCCUCCUCGUCCUCCUCAUCUUCGCCCGCGUCACCCUCCACGCCGUCGACCACAUCCACAUCCGCAUCCGCCUCCACCCCGGCCUCACAAUUCGGCCUCCCCCCGAACCGCAAACCGCACGGAGCCUUCGGCAGCGGCGGCGGCGUCCCUUCAUCGCCCAAGCCCACCGCCUACAACUCCAGCGCCGACAUGGCCUUCGACGAGAUCUUCAGCAAGCUCCGACUGGGCGGCCGCCACGCGCCGUCGAACGAUCCCUCCGCUGCGGGCGCCGGCCCGCUCGCCGGGCUCGCGGCGCAGGAGAACCUGCGCCUGGCUCCGAAGGUCAACCUGAAGCUGGGGCCCGCCCUCGGCCGGGAGAUCUCCAUCGAGCCCGACCGCGGCAACGAUCUGUCGUCCGCGUUGCGGAUGCUGGCCGCCCGCCUGGGCCAAUCCCGGUUGAAGAAAAUGGUCAAGGAUCAGAAGUUCCACGUCCGGAAGGGACAGCUGCGCAAGGAGAAGCGAAGUGCUCGGUGGAGGAAGCUGUUCAAGUUCUCCUUCCAGGACACCCUGCGGCGCGUUGAGAAGAUGAGAGCUCAGGGUUGGUAAGAGAUUCUCUAGAUUCCUCGGUGUUCUGUUCUGCGGGGAUUGGAGAGGCAGAUGGAUGGGGUGGUUUUCUUUUUUACCCCGGGGGUGUAUAUAACGAGAUGCGGGUAUGGUUUUUCCAUCAGGGAGGAAAGAGGAGGUCUUGUUUUUGGGAGAUAGGGAUGUAUUGAAGCAACGAGCACAAUAGAGAUUUGUUGCGGGAGGGGAAAAAGGGUGUUCGCCUUGCUCUGUAUACUAAAUUCGGAGAUUGUUUCAUAUUGCUAUGGUUGUGUUUUUUACUUGCUAUAUCUCAUUUGUUUUCUUGAAUCCAAUUGUGUCCAACAAUAGAGUUAUCACAAAACAUGGUCUAUCUAUCUAUCUAUCCAUCUAGCGGUAUCUGUGGUCU